AUGCUCUUGUCCAUUUAUGGACAACGAAAAUGCCCAACAGCCGACAGCGGUGUCGAUUCAUGCGAGUCGACGCCGCAUCUGUCAUCCGUCAAUUCACCAAAUUCGUACACUUGCGACGGCAACGACGCCGAACUCAAUUGGCUCAUUCAAUUCGCUCACUUGGAUUGCGGUGAAUCGUCAAAAUUUCCGAAAACACCAUCGUGGUCAUGGGCAACGGAAAACGAUGUGAUACCAGCCAAAUUCACCCGUGACGGUUAUGCAUAUUUCGACAAUUCCGACUACAAGAUGUUCAAAGUUUACGACGUGAAUGUUGUUCUUCUCCAAUAA